AUGCUACCGAACGUCCUGGCUCGCCCCGAGCUCUCGUCUUUCCGCCUCCCCGGCUGUCUCAGACACUUUGCAGACAAUGUCCUCGAGUCGUUCCCCCGUUUGCCAUCGCGAAUGUUCAAGAGAGGCAACGACCAAGAUACCAGCAGUACAUGGAGGAGUUGUCGGCGGUCUGUGGCCAGGCGGGUUGGCGUGAUCGUCUGGGUUGCCGUCAUCUACCUUACCAGCGAGUUGCUGGUAUGGAGUCUCUCCAUGGGGUUGAGAUUGGCCGGCUUGCAGUUUCUGUCGUCUAUUGCGGGCAUGAUUUUGGUUCUUGCAUCCAUGGUCGCCUUGCAGCAAGUAUGCUCUGGUUCGGACGUCUUCUACCACCGAAACAUCAAGUCCAAGGUUGACUUCAUCAACAACAACCUCGGCGUCGGGUUCCCUGUUCCCAUCGUAACCAUCGGCCGCCAGGAUCUUCUGGGUGGUGCAGGAAUCGGGAGAGUCAUUGGCAACUUUGUGAACACAAACGUCAUCUUCUGGACCUUCGUCUUCGCCCUGUCUUGGGGAGUCUUGACGGGGUUGAUGAAGGCGCCUUCGCCAAGCAUAUGGAACUUCACCAACGGCAAAGCCGAGCCCGAGCACGUCUGGCACACCAGCUUGCCUCUCUCCCCGCCGCGCCUCGACAUGCCACCUCAGACCAACAGCCGCAGACCGUCGGAAAGCACCACCCUGAACGGCACCACGAUGACCGGAUACCACACCGAUAAGGAAGCGGGCUUGGUCACGGACUCGAGGGCCGUCUCGGCCUACUUCACCGACAGCGAGUGUCCCACUCCGAUCCCGCCAACUGUCCACGAGUCAGAGCGAAGACUCUCCGAGAGCACACAGGUGUCCGAGCAACCGAUUUCGACGUGGAUCGGCCGGGCCAGGGAGUGCUAUCCCAUCGUUCUGGCCAUCUUUUCCCUCCUGGUCGUUGGCAUCCCCGUGUCUCGCACCACCGGCGACGAUCGUAUCUUGGAUGGCUGUAUGCUCUGGCUGGCCUGGAUCGCGAGCACAAGAGCCCAACGUACGUUCGGACGCAGCCACAUUCUCGCCAAUUCAACGGGCGUCAAGACCGCAGCCACAACGCUCCUCAACCCAGUCCUGCUUACGACACUCGCGAUGACGGCUUACACUCGUACCAAAGCCGCCGCAACCCACACUCCCAUCGACACAACUCUCGCCGUGUUCAGCGGCGGCACCACUCUCUCCGAUCUCUGGACCCUCAAGACGAUGAAGUGGCCCCUCCGGGCCGACCAACGGGACUGGUUCGGUGCCGGCGACGCAGCCCUGUCCAUGUUGGAAUGCGGAAUCGUUAUUUGGGGUUUCAAGUUGUACGAGUGUCGCCGGCAGAUCUGGUCUCGUGCGGGACUUGCCGUGGUCUUGAUCUCGGCCGGAAUCGCGGGCAUGAAUGUCUUCGUGUCCGUCCUGCUGGGCAAGGCAGUCGGUCUCGACGGGCCGGAGGCGUUCGCGUUCGCUGCAAGAAGUACAACGCUUGCGCUGGCUCGACCAGCAAUGGAGGUGCUUCAAGGUAACCAGGUCGUCAACGCGGCCUUGGUGGUGAGCAAUGGCAUCCUCGGACAGCUGAUGUAUCCCUUCAUCCUGCAGAAGCUCGGACUCGAGAAGAAAGAGGGGGAUGAGGAUGCCGCAGAGGUGGUGAAAGACAGCGCGCUUACCAUCGCAGCCGGCACAGCGGUUGGCAUCAACGGCGCGGCCAUGGGGGUCUCGUACCUCUAUGAGAGGAAGAGCCGGGCCGCGCCUUAUGCCGCACUGUCGAUGACCAUUUUCGGGGUUAUGACUGUUGUAUUUACCGCCGUCGAUCCCUUUACGGGCAUUCUGUUACGCCUGACGAGUUAG